GCCCAGAAUGAAAGUUAGAACAAGCAUUAGUCUCCUAACUAAGAAUAUCUUAGCAAGAGGAUAGUCUUCACAUACAUAACGGAAGCCAAUACAUCAUCAUCAUCAUCAUUCUGAAGUGCAAGCAGCACCUAGCCAAAGAGAAUUUCUGCACGUUAAAACAUCGUUUGUUGACUGUAAUGUUACUCUCUUUCAGAAGUCUACAAUGGUUUCUGUUUUUUGUCCACAGCAUAGUUCUGGCACAUGUAACAAAUCCAAAAGAAUGGUACCCUGAGAAAAUCAAUAUAACAGAGGAAGGAAUGAAUGUGAUCGUUACCUUUGAUUUGGCACCACCUGAAUUUCAGCUUACCAAAUACCAUGUGUACUAUGGCAAAAGUGAGAGCAUGUGUGCAGCUCCUGACCUAAAGAUCAUAGAGGUUUUAGUGGAUUUGAGUUCUAACCUCCCCAUUGGCAAGACUACGAUUACCGAUAUGGCUUCUGGAAUAAAUUACACAAUAAUGGUUUCCUCUAACGAGCAAGAUGCUGUGCGAAAACAAGUAUAUUAUAAACCAAGGAUGAAACACUCUAAAGUGUGGUAUCCAGAGUGCAUAGAUGUGGCAGAAAACGGGCAUGGAUUGGUUAGCAUUACCUUUGACUUAGCUCCAUGUCACCUUCAAAUCUUCAAGUAUGUUGUGCUUUAUGGAGAACUCCUUCCAUGUCAAGAGACGCCACAUGAGUUCAAGAAAAUUAUGAUUUCUAUGGAUCCUAGCUCUUGCCCUACCAUCUGGAAAGCUGAACUCAGGGACCUGGUUCCUGGUACAACAUAUACAGUAAUGAUUGCUGUUGAUAAAGAGGAUGCAACAAACAAAUCAGUGAAAUAUACAGUGCCACGUAGGUCCUCAAAUGAAGGACCUUCUAGUUACAAUAUCGCUACUGUAGUGCUUCUUGCCCUGAUUUUACUACUCCAUGUCUGUUCCUUCUUCACUGGUUACUCCAGAAAGAACAGGGGUUGUCCAUAUUUCUGCAACUGUUGGUGCCAAAGGGAUGAGUAUAAGGCUUCCAAAGCAGAAGCACUUCCAGUCUCUUAGAUUUGAGAAGCAAUGACAACACAAUGAAGGGUUUGAAUCCUAGCAGAGAGGACAAUAACAUUACCACUUUCCCAUGCCCUACCUUUAAGAGCUGACAUGGAGAAAACUUUUACCUGCUGUGUAAUAAAAUGCGUGUAGUCUGAUGGGAAGGACAUCGCCAGAAGAACACGACAGUAGAGUGCUUAGUUAUGGCGCUUUUGCAUUUACAAGGAUAAUGAUGUUUGCCUUCAUAAAAACACAUGAGCAGGCUGGUUGUUCAUUAAAAUGGAUGCUGUAGCCAGUUGUUAUCUUCUUGUAUUGCUUUUGCAAUUUUAUUUUUAAUAUUCUUAUUAGCUCCUUUUUCAUUUAAAAGUU